CAUUCCAGAGCAUUACAGGCUUUUCUUCUCAUCUUCUAUAAUCUAUACUUACCUUAAAAAAAAAAAAACUAAUAUUCCCUUUAAAUUUAGUUCGAAUUUUUAGGGUUUAUGUUGUUUUGAUUUUCACUAUAUAUCUACAUAACUGUUGAGCAUUUUUUUUUUUUUUUAAUAUUUGCGAAAAGGCGAAAGAGUAUCUGGGUUAAGGGGGGAGAAAACACCAAACGGCUAUAAUAGCCGAAGUGGGUGGAGAAGUCCAAAAGACGAUUGCCGAGGAGGAAUAGGAACCCGAGAUCGCUGCGAUCGUUUUGGUUCUCUGCCCGGAUUCUCUCUGUAGUGGGUUCUUGACCCUUUUCUUUGAUUCGGAGUUUGAUCUGGUUUCCACUUUCUGAGGAGGAGAGAGGAACAGAGAGACAGACGGGUCUUGGAUUAAGCGUUUGCACAGGCAGAAAACUUUCUCCUUUCUCUUUUAAUUGGGUGUUCAUGAUGCCUGAAGGUGGUUAUUAUUGUUCUAAGAAGACGGAUGAUAUCUGUGAAGAUGUUUGUGGCGAGGAAACUCGAGCUGCAUUGAGCAGACUACGCUGUAUCAUACGAGGGUUGGAUUUGAAGACUUUCAUGCUUCUGUUUAUCUUGGUUCCAACAUGCAUCUUUGUUGGCUUUUUGCAUGGCCAGAAGAUCACAUACUUCCUACGGCCAUUAUGGGAAUCUCCACCCAAAAGCUUCAAUGAGAUGCCUCAUUAUUAUCACGAAAAUGUCUCAAUGGAAAACCUCUGCAAACUUCACGGGUGGGGAAUCCGCGAGACUCCCAGACGUGUAUUUGAUGCGGUGCUGUUCAGCAACGAGGUGGAUAUGCUUACCAUUCGAUGGAAGGAACUGUACCCAUACAUCACACAGUUUGUUCUGCUAGAAUCGAAUUCAACCUUCACUGGCUUGCCAAAGCCUCUGGUUUUUGGAAGUAACCGAGAUCAGUUCAAAUUUGUUGAGCCUCGGUUAACAUAUGGGACCAUUGGAGGGAGAUUUAGGAAAGGGGAAAACCCUUUUGUUGAGGAGGCAUACCAGAGAGUAGCACUUGAUCAGCUGCUUUUCAGAAUAGCUGGUAUAACUGAUGAUGAUUUGUUGAUAAUGUCCGAUGUUGAUGAGAUACCAAGCGGCCACACAAUCAAUCUCUUGAGAUGGUGUGAUGACACCCCUCCUAUCCUCCAUCUUCGAUUGAAGAACUAUUUGUAUUCGUUCGAAUUUCUCCUGGAUAAUAAGAGUUGGAGAGCUUCAGUCCACAGGUAUCAAACAGGCAAGACAAGGUAUGCACAUUAUCGUCAGACCGAUGAUAUCUUGGCAGAUGCUGGGUGGCAUUGUAGCUUUUGCUUUCGCCAUAUCAGUGAUUUCAUAUUUAAGAUGAAAGCUUACAGCCACUUUGAUCGAGUGAGGUUUUCACAUUACUUAAAUCCAAAAAGGGUUCAGGAUGUAAUCUGCAAAGGGGCAGACUUGUUUGACAUGCUUCCUGAGGAGUACACAUUCAAGGAGAUCAUUGGAAAAUUGGGACCAAUACCAUCUUCUCAUUCAGCAGUUCAUCUUCCAGCAUAUCUUUUGAACAAUGCAGAUAAAUAUAAAUUUCUGUUGCCUGGCAACUGCAAAAGAGAAAGUGGUUAAGUUUCUUGGAGAGGUUUAAGGUUCUACAUUGUAAAAUUUAAAGUGCGGCUCAUUUGACAGCUCAGGAGGGGGUUCUGUGGGGCAACUGAUGACUGUGGUCUGGCAUGAGAUUAAAAAUACCUUUUAUCCAUCAUUCUUUAGAGAGAGAGAGAGGUAGAGAGUUUAGGAGGGGGAAUAGGAGGAGUUGGAUAUCUUGGGUGAAACAUUGUAUAUUUUCUUUUUCUUUUUUUAUCAGAUGUUGGGUUUCAUCCAAUUAAAGAGCUUGAUGUGUGGGGAACAAUUAAGCCGAUGUGGAUAGAGUGCAUAUCAGUUGUUGUUGGUAUGACAUGAUCCCCCUUUAAUGCAGAUCAGACAGUGACAUUUCCCGAGCUUUUGUAUGCUGGGAAUUUUGUUUUUGAUAGACUAAUUUAUUCAUGUAUUCUUACAACUAGUGUUCCUUGAUAACUUUUUGAUUUGUACCUUUUUGAUGUUUUGGAUGCUCUACUUCACAAUAAUGCUGAUUCUCUAUUCUUUUACAGUGCCA